GUGCUACAACUGUGCAAACUUGUCAAAUAUCACCUUCAAGUAACAACACAAGCAUUAGUAACAAUUGCUGUUCAUUGAAAUAUCUUUGAAAGCAAGUUAACAGAAGGCAAAGAAGAAAAAACUUACUACAACAGCUGCUGUACAUUCAUGAACAGUCGGUUCCAAGUCAAAGAAAGCAACUGUUCAACACAUUAACUACAUAAUCAAGUGAAUGAAAUAAAACACAAACACGUGUACACAUUCAUAUUAUCUACGAAGUCAACUACUCGAUAACAACAAUACAGGGAAUAAUUGAACUCUUAGACUUCAGCCUGAAUUCUAUAACAACUAUUGCGUGUACUUGUCAAAUUGUGUCCAUCAGAUCCUAAGAUCCAUUUGUACAAGGUCAUUUAUUUCAUUUUUCCUUUACAACGAUUUACUCUGAGGAGAUCAACAACUGUUCAACACGAAAACUAAUUGACCUAUCACCUAGAUAUAGUUGUCUUGUGUUUUAUUUUUUUUGACAAAAUACCCGAAAAGAAAUUUUUCUCAAAGGCUUGUCCAAGAAUACAAGUUUUCUCACCGACAAGAAAAAAGAAGUUAACCAAGAGACAAAUUACUUUCAAGAAAAAUAUCUGCAAAAUUUUUAACAACAACGAGAAACAAGGGGUAAAAAAAAACGGCACUCACUCAAAUAACUGAAACAUUUCUCUGUUCUACGGAUAGUAUUACUUUGUGAAUAUUUUUUCGAUUAGCAGCUGACUCGAGUAGAAACCAACUGUUGUCAUUGAAAAAAGGACCAAAAAAACGAGAGAAAACAGAGGAGCCAAAUUUUCCAAUUCCUGCUGCUUCUUUCUUGCCUACCAAAAAACAAAAAAAUCCUUUGUAAAUAUUGGAUAACAAGCAAAGAAAAUUAAAAAGGUUAUCAAGUUUGUCAAUACUUUCCGAGUAAAAACUAAUCAUAUUUUUUUUUACAAAAGAGACAAUUGUUCUUCAAAUUGGAUCGUUCAACUGGCUUAACAAUACACUUUGUCGAAGAAAAUUAUUUAACUGACAUCUAGUUAAGACAACAACAGUUGUCAGCGUAUUAUCCGAAAUCCUUAUUUUUUUUGUUAUAUAAAUCACGUGAAGUAAAUAUGAUUGGAGAUUAUGAACAGUUGCAUCAUUUGAAUAAUACAUUUGUACAUUACACCAACAACAAUAAUGUAUCAAAUGAUACAUCUUCAGAAUCAUGUCAGCUGUUAAGCUAUCCUACACAGCUGAUCACUACAGCAGCAGCAGCAGCAGCAGUGGCAACAACCACCACAGCGACAAAACACCUGACACAGUUUCCUAUACCAAUCAGUCAUCAUAUUCCUCUAACAGGUGAACAAAACUUUAGUUUGAGCAAUCCUUCCGAGUAUAAUAACAUUAAUCAGACCGUACAGAAUCAAAAUAACACUUAUGAAUUAUCAUCUUCAUCAUUGUAUUGUACUCUAUCGAAUCAGUAUUCAUCUGAUUCAGAAUAUGUAACAGGUCAACAACAUUAUCCUGUUGGAACACUAACUAAUAAUAAUAAUAAUAAUUCAUUUCACUAUGCGAAUGUUCCAUUUAUCCCUUCAUCUCAUUACUUGCCAUCUUCUGAUGUUGCUGCUUCCUCUUCAAAGUCAUCAUCAUCAGCAGUAGAAACAACGACAACACCUGCAACACUAUCCGCAACAGUUGUAACAGAAACGCAUCAAUCACUUAUCAAUGAACAGACUGAAAUUCCUUUACACCAUCCACAAUUCAUUCAAUCAUCAGAUGAAUUCAAUAAUUUAUUGCCAAAAGAUUCUGAAUUCAUUAAAUCUUCUGUAUUACGUCAUCUGGACCAGUAUUCACAUUUUGUGAAUCAAUCACCAUUUCAAACUUUAGUUCAUCAUUUAGUUGCUAAUAAUAACAAUAAAGACAGUUACGGUAAUAUUUUGACUUCUAAUAUAGAUGAUCAUGUAAUAUUCUUGAAUAAAAAUGUUUCAUGUAAUUUUAAUAAUACUCCUGAAUUUUUACCAUCUAUAUGUCAUGAUAAUCAUGUUUUAGAAAAAGAACUUGUAAAAAUCGACACUUCAGUUGAUGACACCUACCUACAACAUCAUAAACAUCAAAUUCAUCAACAACAAUCAAUACAUCCUGUUGACUACGAUGCAUACUUAAGGAAUCCAAAAAGAUUCGAUAAUGAGUCAAAAUUCAUGUACUCAGAAGACUAUAUUCCUAUUGAUCAAAGAAACUAUAGUGAUGACAAUAGCAAAUCUUUUCUAACAGUUCCAUCAUCAACAAUAAUGUCAUCAGCUACAGCUAAUAACUUUAUGGUUUCAACCAACUGGAUACCAGAGAAGACAGAUACCUAUUUCAAUGAAAUCUUGUCACCAUCUCAACAGCAACAACAUCGCCAACUAUCCAGUAGAUAUUUAACAUCAGGAGGCCAUUUCACAUCAACUCCACUGUCUGAAGUCAACUUUUGCAAUCAACAAACAGCCAAUUUGAAUAAUAAUAAUAAUUAUAAUACAUCAGAUCUGUUGCAUAACACAACACCGUAUCGUAUUUCUAAGCCUUAUGAAAACCAAAACAACAAUGAUAAUGUCUACUGUCCACCCAUCCCUGCGACAACGUCAACUAAUACUGUUAUUACAAGCGAUAAUUCAGUUAAACUUUAUAGUCAAACACAGAUUAGUUUCGAUGAAACCUUGUCAACUUCGUCAGCAGCAUCAAGAUCAUCUGGUUCACUGGGAAAUGUCUCUUCAAAUCAGUCGGAUAGCAAUAAUUCCGGAAAACAACCUCAUCAUAUUUUAGAUCAAUUUCAAAUGCAUUUACACAAUACUGGUGGCAAGUGCAUUUCUCAUAAAUCUGAAAUUACAAUGAAUCCACCAACAUCUUAUAUGACUAGUAGCAAUUAUCCUAUCUCCUCACCACUUAACAGUUUGACUAAUACUACAGUAGAAAAAACUGAUAAAUAUUUAAAUCCAGACUCAAAUAAAUCGUCUACGGAAACAGAGCAAAUAACAAAUGAUAAGAAAAGCGAAAACUCUUCAAAUGAUAAACGAAAACCUACAGGUUUAAUGGUAACCAAUCUCAGUUAUUCACUGUCACAAAAACGCACAAGAUCAAUUAUGCAGUCAGAUGCAACAUCUUCUAAAUUAGGUCGACCAAGUGUACAGCUAUCAGGAUCACCAACUUCUUCGACACCAGUACAUAAACGUGGUCGCCAUUCACGUGUAAAACAAACAAUGCUUAAUUUAGAUGAAAUUAAAAAACCCUCCCAUCCAUUAAUGAAGACAACAGUAAUGAAAUCAAAUUCAUGUGAUGAAUCAGACAGUACAAGUGAAGACUCGGAUUCAGAAGAUGGAAGUGAAGAGACCAAGGAGGAGCAUGUUAUUGCUCCAGGUUCUCAUGGUCAAUGUUUAUUAUGGGCAUGUAAGGCAUGCAAAAAGAAAACUAUGCAAGUUGAUCGUAGGAAAGCGGCAACAAUGCGAGAAAGGCGUCGAUUACGUAAAGUGAAUGAAGCUUUUGAAACAUUGAAAAAACGAACAUGCGCUAAUCCAAAUCAACGUAUGCCAAAGGUGGAGAUUUUAAGGAAUGCAAUUGAUUAUAUUGAAAAUUUAGAAGAUAUGCUUCAACAGAAUGGUGUAAUCCCUAUGGGUAUGACUCCGUUGACAUCAGCAUUGAAUGCUAUCACCAGUUCACAAAAUGAUACUAAUAAUAUGAGUUCAAAUAAUCGUGUAACUCUAUGCAAUUCAUCUGUAACAACUUCAGUCAAUAAUUCAAAUAGCUAUCAGUCAACUACAUCCACAAAAUCAAAACUCACAAUGAACAAUAAAUACGUUAAGGAACAAAAUGAUUCAUCUUCACUUCUAAAUCAAUCUCAUCUAUCUAAUACUUGUGUUUUACCUUAUACCUGUUCUCAAGAUAAUUCCAAAUUAUCAAAUUUUAGAUGUGAUUUCAAUUUAGAAAAUGGUAAUAAACAUGAUUCUACAGAUUCCCUCACAGAUAUUUCUCUUGGCAGUUUACCAACUGAAUGCCGAACUGAUGAACAGUUAAGUACAAUGAAUAAUUCCAUAUGUUCAAUGGUUCCAGAAACGAAAAAUUCUAAACUAAUCGACUACAACGGUUACUCGCAUACGCCUGCAUGGAAUAUGUGUACAUCCUAUGACAUGUUGGGUAGCUUAAAAGUUGGUGAUCAAUCUCAAACGAUGUCGGAUAAUAGAAAUCCCCUACGGUGUACCGAAAGUGUUGUAAUUCCUCUAGCUGGACAUUGAUAUCAAUCAAAAACACUAUUUAUCACUAUUUCCUCAUUUAUAAUCGUGAAAUAUUAUUUAUUUCUAUGCCUAAUUAUUACCAGUGCACAUAUAUGACUGAAAUUGACUGAAAAAUCAUUUUUUUAAAAAAAAAUAUUUUAUUCAUCAUCAAUUCACUUCUUGUACAGAAUUUUAUUCCUAAAAUCACUUUUGAAAAGGUAAUAUAAUUUUUAUAAAUAAAUAAAACAAUACCUAUCAAUAAUAAUUAAUCAUGAUGGGAAUAAUUAUCUAUACAUAUUAAAUAAAAGUUGGUUCUGCCUC